AUGUUGGUGGAUUGUCUGUUAAUCGUCUUUAUUUCCAUCUGUACAGCCUUACUAGGUGAAGGUCUGACAUGGUUAAUGGUGUACCGAACAGACAAGUAUAAAAAGUUAAAAUCUGAAGUAGAAAAGCAAAGCAAGAAACUGGAAAAACAAAGAGAAGCUGGCAUGGAUGGAGCUGACAGGAGUCAAAAGAAAAAAUUGGAACGUCAAGAAGAGAAAUUGAAAAAUAACAGCCGAGAUUUGUCCUUGGUCAAAAUGAAAUCCAUGUUUGCUAUUGGCUUUGCCUUUACUGCCUUACUCAGCAUGUUCAAUUCCAUAUUUGAUGGUCGAGUUGUAGCCAAACUACCCUUCACCCCCAUAUCACUGAUGCAGGGUCUUUCACAUCGAAAUCUGGGUGGAGAUGACUACACUCAUUGUUCAUUCAUUUUCCUCUACAUCCUGUGUACCAUGUCCAUCCGACAGAACAUUCAGAAAAUGCUUGGUCUGGCACCCUCACGUGUUGCCAACAAACAGGGUGUGGGCUUCUUUUCCCCUCCUCCCCAGUUUGGAAAGCGAUCUUUUCCUUGGGUAUUCACGAUAGCCCAAGUCAGAACCCCGAUCUUAGGAGCGGAUUUCCUCGCCCACUUUAACUUGUCCGUUAACAUGUCUCUCCUUUCUUUGGAAGAUAAAACGACCAACAUUACAAGGAAAGGAAUUACAUCUAUCUAUACGAGCACAUGUAUCAGCGCAGCUCUACCUGAAGCCAACGGAAUGUAG